AUGAGUAUUCCAUUUGAUAUUAGCCUUACUAAUUAUACGAUCGGAAAGAAAAACUUUUCAAUUUAUGCAAUUGACGAAUUUGGAUAUAAAAGUGAAAUUGAGUAUAUUUCAUUCACUAUAACUAGAGUUCCAAUAAUAAAAAUUAUUUCUGAUGUUGAUUAUUACUACACAUCAAAUUCAAAUAUUAGUUUUGAAGUUAAUAUAACAGAUGAUAGAUCAUGUUAUUUAAAAGUAGUUGAUAAUGAAAACAAAAUUGCAUUUCAAACUGAUUCGAUUAAAUGUGAUGGAGAAGAACAGAAUGUUCGAGUUGAAUUUAAUUUAUCAAAGUAUUCAGUUGGCAAGAAAAACUUUUCUGUGUUUGCUGAAGAUGAGUUUGGAUUUCGAAGUGAAAUUGAAAAUAUAAGUAUAUUGAUUAAUAAUUCUCCGAUUUUGAAAAUGAUUUCAACAAUAAAUCAAUUCUAUCUUCCGGAUUCGGACAUAAUUUUCAAUGCAAAAUUAUAUGAUGAUUCAUUUUGUAAUAUAACAAUCAAACAUGAUUCAAUCCAAGUUUUCAAUAAAUUUUACGAAGUUAAUAAUGAUGAGAAGAUCAUAAAUGACCAAUUUCAUAUUCCUGGCUAUGAUGUAGGCAGCAAUCAUUCCAUAUCUAUUUAUGCAAUUGAUGAGUUCGAAUUGAUCAGUGAAAUUUAUAACUACAGUUACACAGUUGGAGACGGAAGUCCAAUGAUCAAAUUUUCAGAUGUUAUGCAUCCUAUUUCAGUUGAAACAAGAAACAUGAAGAUCUCAGCAUACUAUUACAUUUGGCCAGGUUCAUCCAAAGCAACAUUUGUUAGUACAAUCAACGAAUUUACAAACAUCUCCCUCCAACAAUUUGAAGAUUUUAUAUUUGAUCAAUGGAAUCCAAUUAUUCUUAGCGUUAGUUUUAAAUAUCUUUAUAGAAAUACUAUGAAUAAUAUCUCCAUCUCUGUCAUAAACUCACUUUUGAACGUUUCCAAUACAUUAAAUUCUUCAAUUUUUCUCGAAGAUUUCAAAUAUGAUUACACAGUUGUAAGCAGAGUGAUCAGUUUUUCUUCCGUAGCCAUGCUUUACUCCGGAAGAAAUUAA